AUGGAUCAACCAGCUAUUCAAAGAGCUGCUGUGAUAUUUAUACAGUCCCUGCUAUCCUCUGAGGCUGCGGCUCCUUCCUCAGCUGAUUUUCAAGAUCUUCUGGAUUGUAUCCCCCACAUUAUCACUGAAGCAAACAACAUCGGCCUCAUGCAGAAGCCAUCUCUUGAGGAAGUUAUAUUGGCUGUCAACAAGCUCCCUAAAGACAGCGCGCCUGGGCCUGACAGCCUAUCUGGAGUUUUCUUCUCGGGAUGCUGGAACACUAUAGGGAAAGAUAUCCUCGCCACUGUGGAAGCCUUCUUUCAAGGAUCCGAGCUUCGUAGGGCCUUUUCUGUCACGCUGAUCUGCCUUGUGCCAAAAAAAUUGGGAGUCAAAUCCUUCUCAGACUACAGGCCGAUCAGCCCGUGCAACGUAGUGUACAAGAUUUUUGCCACUAUUAUCUUGGAUCGGCUUAGUACUAUCCUCCCAAAGGUGAUUUCCCUAGAGCAAGGGGCCUUUGUGCGGGGUCGUUCUAUUGAUGAAAACGUUGCGCUUGCACAAGAGCUUUUCAGAGACGUGGACCGAAAAGUGAGGGGUGGGAACAUUGUCCUGAAACUCGAUAUGGAGAAAGCGUAUGACAGGGUGGAAUGGAAUUUUCUGCGUCAGGUCUUGCUGAAGUUCGGAUUUUCUGCUUCUUGGGUCAAUUUAGUUCAAUCUUUUUUAUUUUUAAACGGCUCAAAGCGUUCUCUUCUAGCUAUUAAGAAAUUCCUCUCUGAUUACCAAUCCUUGUCUGGGCAAAGGAUCAACCUUCACAAGAGUUCUUUUUUCUGCUCCUCCAAAUUAUCUAAUGCGAGAAUUAGAGGCAUUCAUCAAUCCAUUGGCGUCAACAAAUCUGCUGGUAAUCUAGUCUAUCUGGGGGUCCCUAUUUUCAAAGGCCGAGCUAAGCGAUCGUUCUUCGCCCCUCUCUUGGAUAAGAUGGCAGCAAAUAUUCAAGGCUGGCCGAACCUCCAUUGGCGAAAGUGGUCAUCCAUUGCUAAACCUAAAGCUGAGGGUGGCCUUGGAACCAGACAGCUGAAAGAUGUGAUGACGGGUCUUCAUUUAAAGAUGGCUUGGACGAUCAAGCAGAAGGAUAACGGCAGUUUAUGGGGGCAGUUCAUUCGAUCCAAGUACACGAUCUCCUCUCAUCCCAGGAUCGGGCAGUUCAUUCGAUCCAAGUACACGAUCUCCUCUCAUCCCAGGUCGGGCAGUCAACGAGCGUUGUUGUCUCCAAUUUGGAAUAGGAUGAUGGACCUAUUCCCAGUCGUUGAUAAAUUCGCUUUAUGGAUCCUGGGGCGGGGGUACUGCAACAUGUGGAGUGCCAAUUGGAUUGGGCUGGGCCCGCUUGAUUCUCUCCCUUCUCUACACGUCUCUAAUUAUUUGAGACAUAUGAAGGUGUCCGACUUCUUAGACGGUGAGGGAAUUAGACUAGAUGCAGCCGUCUUGCUCCCUAUUUGGCUUAAGUCUCACAUCAUCAGUGGAGGUUUCUGCACCUCGGACGCCGAUGAUUCUCUCAUUUGGCCUCUGGAGCCCUCGGGGCUUUUCUUGGUUAAAUCGGCUUGGAAUAUCUCUCAGUUUCGUGGUCAGGUCCUUCCAUGGUCCAACAAGAUUUGGAAUCCUAAAAUCCCCCUCAAAAUCUCUGUUUUCCUCUGGCGAUUGCUUCACGAUGCCCUUCCUGUUGAUGUCUUGGUGUAG